AUGGGCGAUAAAACAAUUUAUUUUUUCGAUCAGAUCGAUCCAAGAAAGGAUAGAAUUCGCCAACGGAAAUCUACAGUCGAUUUGCCUCCAUCAUUACGACAAGGCUAUGCUAGAGCAGCAGAAUUAAUUAAAAGAGCCCAAAUUAAUCAGGCUAGUGUGCAUUCUAGUGGUGAUAAUAAUAAUCAAAGUAGUCCAAGUAAAGAAAUUAAUAAAGCGCCGACUGAAGACACGAGUAAACCUACAAACGAAGUCAAGGGCAACGAUUGGCGAACCUCUAAGGGUUACUUUACUGGCGAGAAUGGUCUUAAAUUUGCAGAAUUACCAGUUAUACCCACUGAGCAAUACGUUCAGGUUGGCCUUGCUAAUAAAAAUGAAAAGUACGAUCUUAGAAAUAUUGAAGAAGAAGAUACUCAACGAUUUCUAUUAGAAGAAGCUAAAUUUGCUUUUCCCGGUGUCUUAGUCCAAAUUAGUAAAUUAUUAAAUCUUUUCCAUGAUCAGAAUAUCAUUAUUCAGAUUCCUGAUGAUUUAAGAAAGCAACUCUUCUAUACAUUUAAUCAGUUAUCUAAAGAUGCAGUUUAUAGUAAGAGGGAAUGGCAAACGGCAAUCUAUCGAGAUCUAGCUCUUGGACAGAAAGAAGAAGCCGAAAAUGCUAAAGAAGCAGAAUCCCAUGGUAAAAAGCGGUCUAAAGCUAAAUAUUCACGCCAAUCACGAAUCAACUCUGAAGAUAGUACUAAAGAUGACAAAAAUAAAGAAGUACUAAAAUCAUCUCUUGUGACCAAUAAUACUAAUAACAAUAAUAUUAAUCGCAAAUCGAUGAAAGAUAAUGAAGGUAGUCCCAAAACGGUCACUAUUUCGGAUCGAGGCACUAGAUUAUCUACAACUCGAGAUAGAACACGAUCGUUUGGAAAUAAGCCUGACUAUCGAAGAAUUGCUACUAGUGGUGGUCGACCAUUGCCUAGAAUGAUUGGAGAAGAAGCAGAAUCUGAAGCGGGCCACGGAAGUAUCACAAUAGCCACCAAUAACGUUAUUUACUUUUCAAUGCAGUCAAGAUGGUGCCAUGAGAAUGGAUGGAUUCAAUAUUCCAAUAUUAAAGGAAAAGAACCAGAACAAGAAAGUGUAGCAGAAUGGCUGAAAGCUCGCUUAACUCGCAUGAUAAAUCAAAGAAAUCAAAUGUUGGAUGGAGCAAAAGCUCGUGGAGAAGAUGGACCAUUCGCUAUUCGCUUUUAUGGCGAAGCUCGCGAUCGAGCUUUGCUUCGAUUAGGAAGGCCAACUAAACGAAAGAUACUUGAAGAAAACAAACGUCAAAAAUUUUGGACAAGAUUGCCAGACGGAUGUCAAACUGCAUUUUAUCCUACUGGUAAAAUUGCUGUUCUUCAAGCCAAUUCAGGCCUGGGUAAACCUGGGCAAGGGUGUUAUAGUUUUAUCUACGACGAUAAUGAAGAACAUUCCUUAAUUGGGUAUUCCGUCCCAUCGGGCAAAGGCUGUUGCUACAAGAGUAACAAAGAAUUUAAAUUUAUUUGGAAUGAUCAAAAUUAUACUCUAUUUGAUGAUCUCAACGAGCAUCUUGUUCUGCGCUGCCAUUCCAGCACUCAUAUAACACUACAAUAUAGUAAUGAACACGAAGUGAUCAAAUUUAAUCUGGGCCUUGUUACAAGUGCAAGAAAACCGCCAGAACAUUUGUCGGAUUUAGGCUAUUUAAAAACUAAUUUACAAUUUUCAUCUGAUACAGCAGCUGCAUCUCGAAAACCUCAACUGAAUCAAACUGGCGGAACGAAUACAAUAUCACCCCCAACAUCGCCUACUUCAGGAAAGAAAAAGUCGAAAAAUAGAGGCAGCAGUAACGACAGCAUAGAACCUACUAGAUCUCUAACGAGAAAGAAAACAUUAACGCGCAUGGGAUCAGAAUUCUUAAAAGAUGAACCUAUAUUUGAUGAAAAAUAUAAGGAUUUAAUCAAAAAAUUUCCAGAGCUACUACGAAUGGGUGUAGAAACUCGUGCAGAUCGAGAGUUGUAUCGACUACGAAGAAAGAUUAGGACUAUUGUAGAUGAUUGGCUAGAAUACUAUCGAUUUGCAACCGAUAUUAGCUCACCAUUUAUGAAUUUUAACCCUAAUCCUGCUAUUAAUUCUACUCAUCCUCGAAGUAAAUCGGCUCAUCAUAAAUUUCGAGUGGCUACGACAGUCUCUAAGAUUGUAAACUUAUUUUCCAAGAGUAAAUUCAGUAAAUUUGUCUCCAACUCUAAUUCUUUCGACAAUAUCAAUACCGAUGCCUUACGAGUACCUCGAUCUUGCUCUGCACCCCCUAUUCCUAAGCGUUUGCAAUCACUUAUUCGUCCUAAAAGUGCACCAUUGAAAAAAUUAAUAAGUAAAUCUGAUACAAAAUUGGCAGAAACAAAUAAUGCCGCUAAAAAUGAAACUGAUGCUGCAGAUUCGGAAGCAGUUACAAUUCGUUUAGAAGGUGAUCAUGGUGUCAAAAUUAUCGAAGCACGACCAUCAUCCCCGUUAUCGGCAAAUCUCCAACCUAGGAAUCGCCUGAAUAGCCCAAUUAAUCUAGACCCUCGCUUGCCAUCCAUUUUGGAGGAUGGUUCCGUUAUUAAUUCAGAAAUUAUGGCACGGCGAAGUAUUACUCCUAGUAUUGCUUGUCCGAUUAUGAUUCGAUCGUCUUUGCUUGGCCAAGCACAAGAGCAAUGCAGGUGCAGCCCACAUAAAAUUCCUUAUGUUUCAGACUUGGAGUUUGAUGAAUUUAUUAAUAAGCAAACCUACCCUGGGCAAUUGUUAAUUAUUAAUGUGGUCUCAUCGAUGUUUCCUGUAGCAAAUAAAGAUAAAGAAAUGUUAGAGAGGAUUUAUUAUUCCAUGAAUCGCAAUAGAACCAUGCCAUGCCAACAGGCACGCCGUGAUAUUUUCCGAUUAUUGAAAUAUGAUAUGGUAUCUGCUACUAAGGGCUGCGAUCACUCUGUUCCGAUACUACUAAAGCGACAUCAUGUAAUACCAGGAAUGUUUUUGAUGUAUAAUCAUGGCAGACUAAUAUUCGCUGAUCAUAUCUUAAAUGGCUACAGUAGCGAAAAGAAAGAUUUCAUGAAACAGGUUAUCAUUUGUCGAAAGUUAGCUCUUGAAAAACGCUACUUACCGCAAGAUUUUAAAUUUGCCUUGGAACGAGGUAAGAAAGGAACUCGAGCGCCAUGGGGUGGAGAUAUGGGCACUGAAAAUUUUGCCCACUGGAAUAACAUUUUUAAGCCAAAAUCAGUCAAAGGAAGUUUCUCACAUCUACCCCGUAUACCAUCAGCAUUAUCAUCUACCGAUAGUGAUACUGUUACAAUUCCACAAGGCAAAGGCACAACUAUAUCGGCCACCAAAUUUAUUACCGUCAGUCUAUCUUAUGAUGAUGAAAUUUUAGCACAUUUGCGGAAGAAAAUGGCACAAUCAGAAUUUCAAACAAGUCGCCAAUCUCCUCUACGUGAAGUUUCUUCUAAACCUGAUAAAAACCAGAAAGAACGUCCAGAAACGCAGCUUUCAACAGCAAGAAAGUCGAUCCAUAGCCUUAAUGCAGCUAAAAUUCGUACAUGA